UGCGCUGAACUCUCCUUCAGCUCCGGCGCCUCGUAUCGGAUCAGGUGAGUCUCAUCAGAUGUUAUUGUGCAGGAAGGAGAACCGAGUAUUUUCUGGCUGAACGUCCUGGUUGAGCUGCAGCUGGUCGGACCGGUCUGACCAGAACACGGCGAGGGCGGGCGGAGAGAGAGGAGGGUGUGAAGAAGACGAUAAGAGCCUAGGUUUGUCAGUCCGGGUCAGAACCGCUGGGCUUUCUUUACUCAAUGAUGAAGUUUUUUGAUCCCAGUUGUCGCAGCAGGAUUACCUGAGCGUCUGGAGCGGAGCGGAAAACCGGAUCGGACCUUUUCCGACUUAUCAGCUGCUUGGUGAAGGAGAGCCAUCAUGAGCGGACAGGGCGAGGGGCCCCGGGGGUCCAGGAUGCCCCAGAACGUCAAGCCUAAACCGGGCCAGCCGGCUCCGACCCGGAAGGACCGGCCCCAGAAGGCACGGCGCUCCCGCAGCAGCGACUCAGAGCGAGGGAGGAGGCGGGAGCGUCACCACGGCGACCGGCACCGGAGGGGCCGCAGCGAGGAGACGCGACGGCGGGACGGGAAGGACGCGGAGCAGCGGGACGCGCCCCCCGUGGACAUGCUGGGGGACACGGAGUGCGCCGUGUGCUUCUGUUCCUAUGACAACGUCUUCAAGACGCCCAAGCUGCUGGCCUGCGGUCACACCUUCUGCCUGGAGUGCCUGGCGCGCAUCAACGUCACGUCGCCGGAGAUCAAGACGCUGUCGUGCCCCGUGUGCCGCGUCCUGACCGAGCUGCCCCACGGCCGCGACCUGCCCCGCCUGGGCAACAACCAGGACGUCAUCGGCCGCCUGCCGGACAACAUGCGCCGCGCGCUGUCCGUCCGCUUCCAGCGCAGCAAGGGCCGGCUGCUGCUGAAGCACCCGCCCCCCACCGCCAAGCCCACCGUCCUCAGCCUGCCCGUCAAGAAGCAGCAGGCCCCGCCGGCGGCCUCCCACGGCGCCAACCUGGCCGCCGCAGAGGAGGGCGGCGCCCCGCCCACCAUGGUGGACGUGGGCAGACCGCCGAGCAGGAUGAGGGGCCGCAUGCGGCGCCUGUUCCACUCCGACCGCUGCUACUACGCCGUGGUGGCGUCCAUCAUCACCAUCACCGUGGCGCUGAUGAUGGUGGGCAUCCUGGCUUUCGUCAUCAUCCCCAAGGUCCCGAUCCCCGGACCCGGCAGACCCGGCGGGAACUUUACCGACUCCUCCUCACAUGAGAACGACAACUUUGAACCGGACUCGCCCUGAGGGGGCGGGGCCUGAAGGGGCGGGGCUUGAGAGGUGGGCUGAGGUAUUACUCCGGGUGUGAAACAGUGAAGGAAGGAGGAAUGAGGAAGAACAAGAUGGAGGCGUUUUCCCAGCUGAGCAUGAAGAACUUUGACCCCUGAGGGGUCAGGAAGGAUUACGCUGAGUUUGAAGCGGUGAAGGAAUGAAGAAGAGGAAGAUGGCGCCGUUUCUCCAGGCUGAGUGUGAAAUAUAUGGGGUUCCAUCUGUGACGAUACAGUGAAAAAUUAACAGCAAUAAUUUAUUGUUUAACCAUCAUAAGAAAAAAAAAAAGGAAAUUAAUCUUUGAGUCAUCUUUUCACCAUAUUGUUAAGCUCAUUGUUUAGUUAGCCAAUUAAAUAUUUAACUUCAAACUAAAAAUGUUGCUCCAAGCUAAAUAUUUAAUUAGAAAGCUAAAUAAUUAGCUGGUUAAAUAUUUACUUUGAAACUGUGACAUUUAUAAAUGAAUGAAUGUAAACCUGUAACCUUGAAACCGUUUUCUCUUAU